AUGACCCUCUCCGGCGGCGGCAGCGCCAGCGACAUGUCCGGCCAGACGGUGUUGACGGCCGAGGACGUGGACAUCGAUGUGGUGGGCGAGGGAGACGAGGGGCUGGAGGAGAAGGACAGCGAUACGGGCUGCGACAGCCCCGCGGGGCCGCCUGAGCUGCACCUGGACGAGACGGACGAGGUGCCUCCGGCGGCACCCCUCCACGGGCAGCCUCAGCCGCCGCACCAGCAGCCGCUGGCACUGCCCAAAGAGGCGGCCGGAGCCGGGGCCGGGCCAGGGGGCGAGGCGGGCGCGCCCGAGCCGGACGGCUGCAAGAGCGGUGUUGGAGGAGAGGAGGGCGGCGGUGCGGGCGGCGGCGGGCCGGGCUCGGGCAGCGGCGCGACGGGCGGCCUGGCCCCCAGCAAGCCCAAGAACAGCCUGGUGAAGCCGCCCUACUCGUACAUCGCACUCAUCACCAUGGCCAUCCUGCAGAGCCCGCAGAAGAAGCUGACCCUGAGCGGCAUCUGCGAGUUCAUCAGCAACCGCUUCCCCUACUACCGGGAGAAGUUCCCUGCCUGGCAGAACAGCAUCCGCCACAACCUCUCCCUCAACGACUGUUUCGUCAAGAUCCCCCGUGAGCCGGGCAACCCGGGCAAGGGCAACUACUGGACCCUGGACCCGCAGUCCGAGGACAUGUUCGACAACGGCAGCUUCCUGCGGCGCCGGAAACGCUUCAAGCGCCACCAGCAGGAACACCUGCGCGAGCAGACGGCGCUCAUGAUGCAGAGCUUCGGCGCCUACAGCCUGGCGGCGGCGGCCGGCGCCGCGGGGCCCUACGGCCGCCCCUACGGCCUGCACCCCGCGGCCGCAGCGGGCGCCUACUCGCACCCGGCGGCAGCGGCGGCGGCGGCGGCGGCCGCGGCGCUCCAGUACCCGUACGCUCUGCCGCCUGUGGCGCCCGUGCUGCCUCCGGCCGUGCCGCUGCUGCCCUCGGGCGAGCUGGGCCGCAAGGCGGCCGCCUUCGGUUCGCAGCUCGGCCCCGGCCUGCAGCUGCAGCUCAACAGCCUGGGCGCUGCCGCGGCCGCCGCGGGCACGGCGGGCACGGCGGGCGCCACGGCGUCACUUAUCAAGUCCGAGCCGAGCGCGCGGCCGUCGUUCAGCAUCGAGAACAUCAUCGGCGGGGGCCCGGCUGCAUCUGGGGGCUCGGCUGCGGGCGCAGGGAGCGCCGGGGGCACUGGGGGGGCCGGGGGUGCUGGGGGCGGCGGCGCGGCACAGUCCUUCUUGAGGCCGCCCGGGACCGUGCAGUCGGCGGCUCUCAUGGCCACGCACCAGCCGCUGUCGCUGAGCCGGACCACGGCCACAAUCGCGCCCAUCCUGAGCGUGCCACUCUCCGGACAGUUCUUGCAGCCAGCUGCCUCGGCCGCCGCCGCUGCUGCGGCUGCUGCGCAAGCCAAGUGGCCUGCGCAAUAG